UAUAUGCUGUGGAAGAUUUUUGUGUUGGCAGUAGUGUGAGGUGAAUCAGCGAAGCGCUCCACGGAGGAUUUCUUCUAGCACGAAUAAAAGGUUGUUGCACGCAGUCUAAUUUCUCCAACGGCUGGUGUUAUCAGAAGUAUUUUGGACAGCUGUAAUUUCUCUCCUUGGAAUUUUGUGGAAGUUUUAAAGCGGAAUGUAUUCUUUCUUUUUCUUGAAAGUGAACAAUACUCCCUGGUCUAUGAUUGAAGACUCGUAAAGGACACGGCUGCCACUCCAUUAACAUGGCUCUGACAGGGAAUGACACCUCAGCUCACCCCGGUUAUGUCCCCCAUUACCUUUUGGUGGGCGAUCCUUUCGCCUCGAAGCUGUCCAAGGAGGCUGACAUCGUGGCUGCCUUCUACAUCUUGGUUGUAGGAAUCAUGUCUGCCACAGGGAACGGCUAUGUUAUAUACACAACUAUCAAAAGGAAAACUAAGCUAAGGCCGCCUGAGAUCAUGACAUUCAACUUAGCCAUCUUUGACUUUGGAAUAUCAGUCACAGGGAAGCCGUUCUUCGUGAUAUCCUGUUUCUCCCACCGCUGGCUGUUUGGCUGGGCGGGCUGCCGUUUCUAUGGCUGGGCAGGCUUUUUCUUCGGGGUUGGCAGCCUCAUCACCAUGACUGUAGUCAGCCUAGACCGAUACCUCAAGAUCUGUCAUCUCAGAUACGGGACGUGGCUGAUGAGGCACCAUGCCUUUCUGUGUCUGGUGUUUGUGUGGCUGUACGCAGGCUUCUGGGCCACUAUGCCCCUGUUGGGCUGGGGUAGCUAUGCUCCCGAGCCCUUUGGCACUUCCUGCACCCUGGACUGGUGGCUGGCCCAGACCUCGGUGGCGGGCCAGAGCUUUGUCAUGGUCAUCCUCUUCUUCUGCCUCGUCUUCCCCACCGGCAUCAUAGUCUUCUCCUACGUCAUGAUCAUCUUCAAGGUCAAGUCCUCAGCUAAAGAAGUCUCUCACUUUGACACCAGGAACAAGAACAACCACACCAUUGAGAUAAAACUUACCAAGGUGGCGAUGUUGAUCUGUGCUGGUUUCCUGGUGGCCUGGAUCCCAUAUGCAGUGGUCUCAGUGGUGUCCGCGUUUGGAGAACCCGACUCAGUGCCUAUUUCCGUCUCUGUGAUCCCCACUCUGCUGGCCAAGUCCGCUGCCAUGUACAACCCCAUUAUCUACCAGCUCUUUGACCUGAAAAACACCUGCACAAAAUCCUCCUGUUGCAAAUUCCUUAAGAAUCAGAGACAUUUCAAAAAGUCAAGGUUUUACACUAUUUCUGGCACACUUAAAGACAGGGCGUCCGUAAACAAGCCUCAAAAUGAAAUGUGACAAGAAAGACAGUUAUACUCUACUGCGGAUAUAUCACACUUGGCCUUUGCCUUCAUCUGUUUUAUUACAUACCAGCUUUAAACUGCUGACACUUCUACCAGUGCUCACCGCCCAGACCCACAUAGCCCAGCAUUACUGUAUGUUCCUGCUUCAAACAGCUCUAUGCUCUCCUAACUCACGUCCCUCAUGGUGUUUACUAGCGUCAAUAUGUGUUUUUACGCUUUGUAUAUUGUACUCCCCACCUGUGAUUUGCAUUGUUUAAAGAUACUUAUACUUUUACGUGUUACAUCUGAAGAGCUGUUCAGAUGGUAGGAUGACAUAAAGACAGCUGAAGAGUUGUUGAUGUUUGGUGUUAUCCGUUGCUUCAGGCAGGUCUUACUAUAGCACUGUUUAUUAACCACUGUUUAUUACUAUAGCAGCACUGUUUCAUAACUAUCAACGGCAUAAUUCGCACAGUCACUGAAUACAUUCAGAAUACAGUCAUUAACAUCACAUAAAAACAUUAACUUUAAGCUCAUGCUAAAAGUGUAUGCUGCAUGACUACGUACCAAGCAGUAUAUGUCGUAGUUGGAUGAAACAAUCAAGACUCUCAGCGCAAUAAUUUCUGUUGGAGUAUUGGCUAUGUCUCUGUGGCAUAACAGUUGGCUUUAGCAAUUCCGUAUGCCAGUGAUGGCAACCCAUUUGUUGAGAAUUCAAAGUGUUGAAACAGGCAAAAUCUUUUAUUUUUAUUUUAAGAGCAGGGGUGUCUAGCAUACGGCCCGCUGGACGGGAUCCAGUCCACCCUGUGGGUAGGAAGAAAACAAACAUAAUAUUAUUUAAAAUGACUAAAACAAAUCAAAACUGUGUGGAGAUGUUUAAGAACCUACCUUUGUGUCCUUGACUGUGUUAAGCUUGCUAAUACAACCAAAAUGAAAGCCAUAAAAUCGAGGUGCAUUGAUAUUUUCAAAUGAUGGUGGUGGGAGAUGUUCAUUGCGCCACUCCAGGCCAUGUUGAAUGCAGAAUGUGACCCCAGGGCCAAAUAAGUUCAGAAUGAUUAGAUGUGUAAAUUAUGCAACUAUAUACAGUGGGGAGAACAAUUAUUUGA